UGUGCUGACGACAACCUUUGCCAUGGGGAGCCAUGUUACCAAAACACUGGACAAAUGGGGAAUAAAUCCAAGAAAACUUUCACAGAAACGGGCAAAAGGAAAAGCAGCUUCAUCUGCAGUUCCUUCCCAUCAGCAGGCCCAUGUUGAUAUCCAUGUGUAUGACUGCGUGACAUCUGAACCACAGUAUGCCCAGGUCAAUAAAAAACGAAAACCGAAUGAGGAUGGUUUACAUUAUGCAGACGUUCAAGUCCUGCAGUCUGAAAAUGUGGCCAGCAGAGAAAACAGACAAAUUUCAAGUGUUCAAAAUACACAGUAUGCAACUAUAGACUUUACAACUCCUGCAAAAACACAGACGUCAGCUGAACCUGCAGAUUUAUUCAUCCCACCUGGAGAACUACCAAGACCAAGGAUGUCCCAGAAGAAGAACGUCCAGUCAAAGCGAGCAUGAUGACGUUUUUAAACAUGUUUUAAAAUGAAAUACUCUUUUAUAUUGUGCCCUUGAGAAAAUAAAUGUGA